CAGUUUGCGGCUUUGACUGGAGGUGAUAACAUGGAUUCAUGGUACCUGCCUUGCUUUCUGCUCUCUGCUGUUCUGCUCAUGGUUCCUGGCUUGCCAACUCAAGACAACUUUGUUAAAGAUGUAGAUGGUGGACUCGAUCAAGAUAUAUUUGAUAUCAAUGAAGAUUUGGGACUGGAUCUUUUUGAGGGAGACAUUAGACUUGAUGGGGCACAAGAUAGAAAUUCCAUCAUUGGAGAAGAAUACAGAUGGCCUCAUACUAUUCCAUAUGUUCUAGAAGAUAGCUUGGAAAUGAACGCAAAGGGAGUUAUCCUUAAUGCAUUUGAACGCUAUCGCCUAAAAACAUGCAUUGACUUCAAGCCCUGGGCUGGAGAAGCUAACUAUAUAUCAGUGUUCAAGGGCAGCGGCUGCUGGUCUUCAGUGGGAAACAGGCACAUGGGGAAGCAACAACUCUCCAUCGGGGCCAACUGCGACAGAAUUGCCACGGUCCAACACGAGUUCCUCCAUGCGCUGGGAUUCUGGCACGAGCAGUCUCGUUCUGACCGGGAUGACUAUGUCAGGAUAAUGUGGGACAGAAUUCAGUCAGGCAAAGAGCACAAUUUUAACACCUACGACGACCAAAUAUCAGACUCUUUGAAUGUUCCCUAUGAUUAUACCUCGGUAAUGCACUAUAGCAAGACUGCUUUCCAAAAUGGUACAGAGCCAACAAUUGUCACAAGGAUCUCAGACUUCAUGGAUGUGAUCGGCCAACGAAUGGAUUUCAGUGACUCUGAUCUUUUGAAGUUGAAUCAGCUUUAUAACUGCACCACUUCCCUGAGCUUUAUGGACUCAUGCAAUUUUGAACUGGAAAAUGUGUGUGGUAUGAUUCAAAGUUCGGACGAUAAUGCUGACUGGCAAUGGGUGUCCCAGGUUCCCAGGGGGCCAGAGAGCGAUCACUCCAGCAUGGGCCAGUGCAAAGGUUCUGGUUUCUUCAUGCAUUUCAACAGUAGCUCUGUAAGCGUGGGGGCCACGGCCAUGCUGGAAAGUCGAAUACUCUACCCUAAAAGAGGAUUUCAGUGCUUGCAGUUUUAUUUAUACAACAGCGGAAGUGAAAAUGACCAGCUGAAUAUCUACACCAGGGAGUAUUCUGCCGACCAUGUGACUGGUACUUUGACGCUUGUGAAAGAAAUAAAAGAGAUACCCCUCGGGAGCUGGCAACUUCACCAUGUAACACUGAAAGUGACCAACAAAUUCAGAGUGGUGUUUGGAGGGGUCAGAGGCGCUGGUGCAUCAUUGGGUGGCUUGUCUCUUGAUGACAUCAAUCUUUCGGAAACACAGUGCCCUCAUCAUAUCUGGCAUAUAAAGAAUUUCACACAGUUUAUUGGCAACUCAAGUGGAACUCUCUAUAGCCCUCCAUUUUAUUCUUCUAAAGGUUAUGCCUUUCAGAUUUACUUGAAUCUAAACCACUCAACUAAUGCAGGAAUAUAUUUUCACUUGAUUUCUGGAGCCAAUGAUGAUCAGUUACAAUGGCCAUGUCCUUGGCAACAAGCCACGAUGACACUCUUGGAUCAAAAUCCUGACAUUCGACAGCGUAUGUCCAAUCAGCGGAGUGUAACGACAGACCCAUCUAUGACCACUGAUAAUGGAAACUAUUUUUGGGACAGGCCUUCCAAAGUGGGAGCAGUGGCUUUUUUCCCUAAUGGAACUCAGUUUAGAAGAGGUCCAGGCUAUGGAACCAGCGCCUUUAUAACCCACAACAGGCUGAAAAGUAGAGAUUUUAUAAAAGGAGAUGAUGUUUAUAUUCUACUGACAGUGGAAGACAUUUCCCACCUUAAUUCUACACAAGUUCAGCCAAGCUCACCAAGCCUGCCAAACCAGUCAAGCCCGCCAAGCCCGUCAAGCCCAUCAAGCCCGCCAAGCCCGCCAACCCCACCAAGCCUGCCAAGCCCGACCUCUGUCAUCAAUGAUCUUUGCAUGAACUUCAAAUGCGAGAAUGAUGGCAUCUGCAUUGUCCAGAACGGGAAAGCCGAGUGCAGGUGUCUGUCAGGGGAAGACUGGUGGUACCUGGGGAAGAGGUGUGAGAAGAGAGGCUCCACCCGGGACACCAUUGUCAUUGCUGCAUCUUCCACUGUUGCUAUGUUUGCCCUGAUGCUGAUAGUCACUCUUGUCACUGUCUAUUGCAUGAGGAAGAAAUAUCGAAGAAGGACAAGUUCAAAUACAGCAGAUUUAUCUCUGGAAAAUCAACAUGCAUUUUGAAGAUCAACUCAAUAACAUGGCCAGCAAAUGAAAUUAAAAAGGAUUCUUCAUCAUGGAUUUUCACCUAGAAUCGAUUCCAGCUUCCUUGUUCUUCUAUAAAUGGAUCUUCUCUGUAAAGAGUUGGGUAUACUAUAAAUCAUUUUUUGGUGAAAGUCUGA